GCCAUCUCCCUCCUCCUCGCCUGCCUGUGGUCCCUGUUGAUCUCUGCAACGCGUCCAUUGUCAUGGAUCCUAUCACCGGUAGAGAUACUCUGUUUUCACGAGGCCCUUCACCCCCGCCACAGGCCCAGCCGUUCCAAAUGCCGCCAUCGCAGCUCAGCGAUGCGCACACGUCGCCCGCCCCUUCAUUUCGUGAUCUCGCUCCGAUGCAAGGUGCAAGUCACCUCGAUAGUUUGUUCCAAGGCCUAAGUGCGCAGCCCACUUCGCGUGCAAGUCCGCAAAUGAGCAAUACUGGGUCGAACGUCUAUUCAGGCCAUCACGAUCCAAACAACUCAGGCCAUGCUACUCCAGCUUCUAUGAAUGCUGGUUCAGUCGCUUCAUCAAUGUCGGGCCCAAACAAUCCGGUCACAGAGAGGCAGAACGCUUUGCUGUCUCUACUCGGUGCUGUAUCGGGACCUCCUUCUGGUGCACAGGCUGCUUCUGGAGGCGGACAGGCUCCGCCUCAGCAAGUUCCUACACCGCCAGGAUCUGCUCAACGAGGCGCAGCCUCCAGUAAUGAGACGCAAGGGAAAUUGUUGCUGGAGCAGCUCAUGACUGGUAGUGCGCCAAAAUACAACUACCCCGAACCUAUCUAUCCUCCCGAUGUUCCUGUUCCUCCGGGCCCGUCACCAUCAUAUGCGCAUUCCACUUCUGCCUCCGAAUCCUUCUCGCACCAUGACAACGUUGACCAUUCGGCACCCGAAGGCGCAUAUGUUCCUCAAGACACACAGCGAGACGCGCCCAACGCACUAGGUCCUCCUCAGCAACGGCCGCCUUCACCUCCUAACAGAUCCAUGUUCGACUUCAUAUCUCCAUUCGAUGCGCUCGCCAACACAUCGUCCACAGCUCCUAAACGAAAGCCUCCGCCCUCCCAACAAUUUACGAAUGCGCCGGUCAAUAAUGCGGAGGAGCCUAACUGGCAAUCAAUUUCUAUGGAUCCCAAGCGCAGAUCUGUGGAAAAUUUAAUGGACCAGCUUACUAGGGGACAGGCUCCCCCUUCCAAUAGUGUUCAACAGACGUCUGCUUCUUUUGAUCCUUACGCGACCAGCGAAGACUUCAAUUCGCAGGCAGAGCCUAUGCAAGCACGGGCAUCGCGUCCUCUCCCUCCUCAACCGGGACAUGUUCCGUCUCCUCCCCGCACAUCACCGCCCAAACCUCAAGUUCAGCCGCGCCAGGCGCGUCGAUCGGGCGAGUCUCCGGUCGGGGUUGCUGUGUACGGCGCUCUCACGGGCAGGGACAAGGAAUCGCCUUCCAUGUCUGUACCUGCAUUCCGGACUCUUGGUCCGGAAAACAGAGGCAGAGCCGGCCCGAAGGACAAGGUCGACAGUCCUACUCUGCAGUCUCAAAGUGUCAUUUUCGAUGUUUCGCAGCCACUGGAUGAGAUACAGGCACCCCACGAUGCUGUUAAGACCACUGCCAUCGCGUUAGUCAAAGUUGAUUCUACUUUCUUGCCUGGAUCUACCAUUGGAGCGACCCACUGGGUAGCAUAUGCGAUGACGAAGGGUCGUGUUCGAGUAAUCUCGCGCUCGAGCGGUGACCGCACGCUCCUGCAGUUGCCGCCUCUAUUUCCUCCAUCAACAUCGGUCAGCGACAUGUCGGUUCAUGGUAACCGACUUGCAGGUGUUACAUCUGAUGGCGGAUUCGUGGUUUGGGAGCUACCUGAGAUCAUCACUGAUGAUGUCCCAGGAAGGCUUAUGCUCUGCGUGGAGCCUUUAAUGGAUAUUGAUCCUCUGCAUGCCGUCAAAUGGCAUCCCCAGAGGCCAGAGCUGGUUGCGGUAGCGUCGGAAUCCAGCGUAUAUCUCAUCAAUAUCGAAGAGGCCGCUCAUGUUUUCAAUGGAGAGCCUAUCCCACAGUCUGAGUUGCAUCGCUUGGGCCAAGUCUUCUCUGUUCCCUCUCCUAUUGCCGCGAUCGACUUUUACGUACCACGCUCGGCAUUAGCCACUAUCUCAGAAGAUUCCACAGUGACCAUGUGGAAUAUCCACGACAAGCUCCCGUUCUGGUCUCAUCGGAUCAAGGGCGAGGAGACACCCUCUUCUCUGACGUUUGUCGAUGGCGGUGUGGUUAUUGGCCGCAAGAAUGGCACCAUGUUCGAGUUGCUCUCUGUCAUGGGUAGGCACGUCCUAUCUACGAUCAAGUUCGUAAAUGGACUGCAGGAAGAUCCCGAGAUGUUCGGCCAUGUCAGUUACGAUUCCAGAAUCCAAACGCUAUGGGUGGCCAACAACCGCAGGGACAGCAUGAUCGCCCUCAGGAUCAAUUUCGACGGUCCAACCCAUGAUGGCGAGGACGCUGUGCGUGGCGCAUUCUUCGAACAGGUUCUCGAGUUCGGGGGCCCAAGGCCAGGCAUCCACUUCGUUAUCCUGACCGCAGAUGCAGAUCCUACGGGGGAGGAAGCCCGCGCUGCAUGUGUCGCCGCGAAGGUCCCUCCAGGCGACUUGGCUCUGGUAGCAUUCUCGGUGCACUCCACCGGUGUCGAUCAGAUUCUCAUCCGGUUGGAGUGGUUCACCUCUGCUCUGGCCUCGGCGCCGUCUCGUUUCCCAUCCUACACACCUCAGCCAGCGCCCGCCAUGGAGUCCAAGGUCCAAAGGCAGCAGUUGGCCCCAGUAAUGACAGGUGCUCCUCUCAGUCAGCUCCCUCCUCCGGCGCCAAUGGCGCAGAUCCAGCCGCCAAGGAUGAAGACACCUCCUUCCGAAGAGGUUGAGGUGGAUUCUAGUCGCGAUGGGAGCGGGCGUGGUCAAGAGCCUAGGGGCAAGAAUGCUAAGGGCAAGAAUGUCGGGUGGAAAGAUAAGGAUCGCGAAGAUAGUGGUAGAGAGAAGGACGGCAAGUCCCGGGGUAGUGAUACAGCUGCUCUCAACGAAACACCCAUGGGUGUUGCUUUAACGAAGGAGAUCAGGAAGGUGGAGGAGAACCUACACACGCGUAUUGGACGUCUCAUUGGCAAGGAGCUAGACAAGCAGCAUCAACGUCUUGAGGAAGCUCGUGCUAACGAGCAGGCUGCUGACUUCGUUCGGCAGGAGAAGAUCCUGAAGCUCAUCUCGAACGAGUUGACUAAGAACACUACUCGUGUUGUUGAGAUGGCUGUCAAGUCCGAGGUACAAAGCUCCGUGCUUCCGUCUUUGGAGAAUAUCACGAAGAUUGAGGUGAAGGCUGCACUCAACAACCAAAUUGCCAAGGGAGUAUCCGACUCAAUGAAGCAGAAUCUCCCCAAUGAGAUCGAAAGGUUGCUCGUUCGUCCCGAUAUCGCUUCGCAGAUCGCUCGCAAUGUAUCAAGUGCUGUCACGCCUGUCAUUGAACGACAAGUAAAGGACGCUAUCGUGAAAACCCUCAUUCCAGCGUACACCCAGCAGUCAUCCACGAUGCAUCAAGAGCUUUCUCGGGAGAUACAUUCUGAGAUAUUGAACUUGAAGAAGGAGGUUAUUUCAUGGCAGACAGAAGCUCUGCGCGGGCAAGAGGCUGUAAUACGUGACCUUGAGCAAGCUGUCAGACAUCUGUCUGAUCAAGUCAAGUAUCUUACGCUCAACCCGUCUGCGUUGGCCCAUUCCGCGCCAAACCGCAACUCGCCGGGAGCAUCUUCGAGUAGUCAACACGCUCAGAACUUGUCUCAGCUUCUACGACAGCAAGUAUUGCCACAAGUAUCUCAGGCACCUCCGUAUAGCGGACAGCCUCAUGGCUCGUUCCAGCAGCAGCAGCAGCAACAACAACAGCCUCAGCAACAGCCAUCGAUGCAGCCGUGGUUUGCUCCCAACAUUGCUGCCCCGCAGGCAUCCCAUCCGGCGGCUCCUCCGCCGUUGCCACCUCAGCAGAUGAUGCGAUCGAGUCCAGCGCAGACGGAAGAGUGGGACGAUACUUAUGUUGCUGUGCUCGGGACGCAGGACUUCCGACAGCUCCGUGAGCUGCUCGCUCGUUCCAAUCCCGAUGUCGUUCUGCCGUUGAACGGUCCUGGCCCGCUGUCUCAAGCGGUCGUGCUGACGCUCGUGCAUCGGCUGUCUGCUCUAGUGGGCGAGACUUCUCCUCUUGAUGAAUCCUUCAAAAUCUCCAUGUGGUGGCUGCAGAGGGCUGCUACUGCACUGAACUCGACCGAUCCGUUAAUUGCUCCAUACAUCGCGCGGAUUCUACCGAAUGUCCUGCAGACACUGAACUCUGCGAAGCAGCGUCUUUCCAUCCUCCCUGGCACUCCCGCUGAGGCCCCGCGAGGCAUCAAUGAAAUUCAAGAAAUUCUUAACCGCAAGCCCAUGCCCCUUUCUGUCUAAUUUUCAAUGACUGCUACGCGUGUCACCAGGCUCGUUGAUUCUCGCUACGAUACUCGCCGUGAAAGUAAGCUAGGAACAUGUGCCCCGCUUUGACUUACUGCCGGUGAUGCUACUUGUAUGCACGCCGCCCAUGCUGAUGUCUCGCAAGCUAGCCUUGCUACGAUUUACUCACGUCUCACACGUUCAAUGUAGGGAUCGGGUUCUGUACUUUCUUGUCACAGCAUAUAGUUGAAAUCUCAAGUUGUAGCGUGUACACGUAAAAUUGGAAUGAUUUUGAACUGGCG